AUGGAUGAAUGCAUGAUCUUAGCUGAUUUUGCACCACAUUUAGAUCUCACGGCUUUGGAUGGCAUUUUGCAUACCUUAAAGGAUGCAUUCCAGGAGAUACAAAGAUAUAAGGGCACUAAGUACACUUUUGAAGAAUUGUAUCGCCGCACAUACAACCUAGUGCUUCACAAGCAAGGCAAACGUUUAUAUAUCGUCUAUAGACAGGUUGUCGCCGAUCAUCUUAAAACAAACGUUCUCGCUAAUAUCAAAAACGGUCUACAGAACAAUUUUUUGCUAAAUCUGAAUAAGGCAUGGGCAGAUUAUCAGCUUACUACCGGUAUGAUGUGCGAUAUUUUGAUGUACUUGGAUCGCAUACAUGUGCAGCAGAGAGGUCUAGUCAGCACUUAUAACUUGAGCCUAUUGCUUUUCCGCGAUCACAUUAUUCGGGAGCAACAAAUACGCGAUGCCAUACGUGAUAAUUUGCUGGAACUAAUAGAUGAGGAACGCAGUGGUAAAUUGAUCAACCAGGAUCUUGUUCGUAAUAUCUGCGAAAUGCUUAUUAAAAUGGGUAUCGAUUCUCGUGAACAUUAUGUUUCAAUAUUUGAAAAUCAUCAUUUGGCUGCUUCUGGUUUGUAUUACAAAGCAAAGUCUCAAAUUUACUUGGCAGCCAAUGAUGCCUGCGCCUUUUUAUCGAAAAUUGAAGAUCACAUAGCUGAGGAAUGCAAUCGUGUCACUAACUACUUGGACAAGGGAACUGAGCCGCUCAUUAUAAAGGUGAUUGAAGAAAAUCUUAUUAGAAAGAAUAUUCGUAUAUUAAUUGAUAUGCCUGAGACUGGAGUGUGGUGUAUGUUGCAACAUAGCCGGUACGAAGAUUUAGCUCGUUUAUAUAAGGUAUUUCAGUUGAUCAAUGAAGAGGGUGUAAAAAUAAUCGCCGAAACUGUUUCCGAAUACUUACGCAAGCAAAGUGAAGUUCUUAUACCGGAGGAAAAUUCUAAAAUCAAUGCUGUUUUCUUUGUUAAGACGCUGCUUAGUCUGAAAGAUCAAUUUGAAGAGAUACUUCUACGUUCGUUUGAUGAUAACGCGACGCUAAGACGUCAAGUGAUGAACGAUAUGGAGUUUUUGGUGAAUAUGAAUCGGUCAUCUGCUGAAUAUAUUUCUUUGUAUAUACACGAUGAAUUAGUAAAGGGAAGUGUGUGCGAAAAUGAAACACAAACAAAUUUGGUUCUUGACAAUGUUAUGGUAUUACAUCGGUAUCUAGAAGACAAAGACAUUUUCGAGCGAUUCUAUCAGAUUCAUUUAGCUCGACGCCUACUUAUUCACAAACACAUAAUAGAGGAUCUCGAAUUAAACAUGAUUAGUCGUUUGAAAACUGAAAUCGGUUACAUGUACACAAAAAAUUUAGAUGGCAUGUUUAAAGAUAGAACCCUAUCGAAAAUUAUAAAUGACGAAUUCAAGGAUAUGUGUGUUCAUCGCCGACUUCCUGCUCCUAGUUUCGAUUUAGCAGUUAGUGUGUUAACUACGGCUUACUGGCCAGUUCCUAGCAAAUCACCAAACUGCAUUAUUCCAACUGACCUUCAAAUCGCAUUCGAAACCUUCAAAACAGUGUAUUUAGAGAAAUAUCCUGGAAAAAUAUUGAUUUUGCAGCCACAAUUUGCGACUGGAAUUCUAAGUGCCAAUAUUAAUGCAGAAACCCAAGGUAGUGGUAAUGAUCGUCGAUAUGUGCUUGAUGUGACCACAGCACAGAUGUGCAUAUUGCUACUGUUUAAUGAGAGUAAAGUAGUUUCGUACGAGACUAUAUCAAAGGAAACUGACUUGAGUGAAAAAGAUUUGUUCCGAGCUUUGACGUUUCUGGCCAAGGGUAAGAAGAGUCAGCGUUUAUUGUUACGUAGCAGCGAAACGCAUUCAAAAUCUGCAAAUCCAUCUGAUAAAUUCACACUAAAUUCUGAUUACUGGUCAAAAUAUUCUAGGGUCUCAUUUUACAAUAUGAGCUAUUAUGAAUGCAAUGAUAAUGCACAUGUAGACCGUAAGGUAGUUAAACAGUCGUCUGAACAGGAUCGUAGAGUGGAGAUCGAUGCUGCUAUUGUGCGCAUUAUGAAGUCGUCAAAGACUAUGACUCAUUCUAAUCUAGUGUCCGAAGUAAUGAAUCAAGUUAAGUCCCGUUUUGUGCCCUCAGUUGUGGUAAUUAAGAGUGAAAUUGAUAGUCUUAUUUCGAAGGACUAUUUAGUGCGUGCUGAUAAGGAUCGCAAUACUUAUAUAUACGUUGCUUAA